GGCAUGCUUUCCUAUGAUUCCGGCCCGGAUUCAAUGCGACGGCGGCGGAGAGGGGAGGGCGGCGGGGCGCAGCUGGCGGCGCGCUCGCGGAGUGGGGCGGGCGACGGCGCACCGGCAGCGAGCUUCUCACCAAUUGUACCAGCAGUUCCUAGAAUUGGUGAAGACGAGCCACCUCCUUCUUGGGAUCCGAUUUUGACUCUGAAAGUGAAAGGCACUCCAGUAGUUCUAUAUGACUGUCCUGUUCUUGCCCUGUUCUUUAUAAAUAUAUGACUGCCUUGUUCUUCAAUAAAUAUAUGACUGUUUGGUAGCAUAAUAAAUAUAUGACUGUUUGGUAGCAAGAUGUCGUUCCGGGCGCGGGAGAUGUACAAGAAGGUGGUGCGGCGCGUGGGCGGCGACGGGAAGCUGCCGGCGGAGCUGAUGAAGUCGGUGAAGGACAUGCUCCCCGACAGCAAGGUCGUCAUGGGGCGGGCAAAGCGCGGCAUCUUCGCCGGCCGCCACAUCCAGUUCGGGAACAAGGUCUCCGAGGACGGCGGCAACAAAUCAAGGCGAUCAUGGAAGCCAAAUGUUCAAGAGAAGCGUCUCUUCAGCUAUAUUCAUGACUGUCACAUUAGAGUUAAGGUUACCACACAGGCACUUCGGUGCAUUGACAAAGCUGGUGGUAUAGAUGAAUACCUCCUGAAGACACCUUACAACAAAAUGGAUACUGAGAUGGGGAUAGCGUGGAAAGCAAAGAUUGAAAAGAUGUAUUCAGAGCUUGCUGAAAUGGAAGUAGGCUUUUUCCCUCCUGAAGAAGAGGCUAAAAUUGAACAGGGCUUUGACGAGGUCCGUGCUGCCAAGAGAGACUUCCGUAGGGAAGCAAGAAGAGCUUUGGCAAAGCAAGGGCAGUUAGAACUUAGAAGCUGGUAAAAACCAAACAACUGAAGUCACAGACAAAAAGGAAGAAGUAUUUGCUACUGCUGCUGCAGCUUGAACCUGAACCUUUGUACCUGUCUUGAAUGAUAAAUGGAGGCAGCAAAACAUUGGUUGUUCCUGGGCAAAUAAUGGAAGACUUAGUCUUGAUAUAAACUCGGCAAAAUUUCUUGUGUGGGAACUAUACCCUUUUUUGGGAGCAACAGUGGAUGUUGAGCCAACCUCUCUUCUAUAUCAACAUCUUAGUAUUGUAUGAACUCCUAUUUCGGUGGAAAUUUUGUACAACCAUUGAAUAGUCAAGACUCGAGCCAGAAUUGAGGUAGUUUAUCAUGUAGAAUUUCUCUAUUUAUGGCAGCUGCCACACCAACUGAAAUGUUGAAAUAAUAGUGAUUAACAUCCUAGCUCAUCUCUAUUACAUUCUUAUUCUUUAUUGCUUGCAAGUAAGCAAAAUGAAUGCUUCACUAGUUUA